UCUGUAGUAACCCGAAACAAAACCAUCAAAACUUGUUUUUUUUUUAACCCUAAAAACCCUCCUUUUUUUCUAAAAACAAAAUUCAUUGAACCGCCCAAUCUCGUCAUGAAAGGGAAGAAACGUUUAUCGAGCUAGGCCGCCGAGAUCAACGAUUCUGCUUUCCACAAUAAAAGAGUAAUUGCAGGAUCUCCUUUUGAUGCUCAAAAGGCAGAACCAUCUCAACAGAAGUUGACUGCAAAACCAGCACUAGAUCCACAGCGAGCUGAGCUGUCUUGGCAGCAUUUGAAAGCUCUCAACACCCAAUUUGCAAGGAGAAGUUCAGUGAUGUUGUCAACUGGCUUAAAGGAAAUGCGGUAACUGGUGACAGCUUGUCUGCUGCUGAAUCUUAUAAAAAUGAAAAUAAAGUGGUGGCUGAAAUCAAGAAUAGUGAGGCUAAAUAUUUUCAAGAGAAAACUGGAUUUACUCCAAUCAGCACAACUACAAGCUUUAGUCCAGGAACUAGAACUCCAAGCUUUUCUCCAGGCACUGAACUUUUCUUUGUGCACUACAGCUAAGACCUUUCCUCCGGGCACUACAAGUCCAAGUCCUACUCCUGCUAAUGUGGCAAAAAAAAUUUCUCCACUCAGUACUACUGCAAGCUUCUCCUCAGCUAGUUCAACUACAAGCUUGAGACCAGCUGGUAUGACCACAAGCUUUACAGCAGCUGGUUCAAAAUCAAGCUUUACAUUUGGCGGUACAACUGCAAAGUUUACUUCAGUCAGUACAACAACUAGCUUUACUUCAUCUGGCAUGACUACGAGUUUUGCAACUCCUUGGAGCUCUGGUUUGCUCUCCAAUAUUCAGACUCCUGUCUUGUUUGGAAUCCAAAGCUCAGUUGCUGUUAACAACAAUGCAUCAGAUGAUGCAGAUGAGGAAAAUGAGUUGCCACAGCCUAGCAGCCCGUCAGUGAAGAAGUCAGAAGAGAAGGGUAUUGUUAUUGUUCAUGAAGUCAAGUGCAAGCUUUAUGUCAAGUCAACUGAUCCAGCAGAUAAAGAUUCAUGGAAAGAUAAAGGCACAGGGCAGCUUUCAAUUAAACGCAAAGAGGGUAUUGGCAAGGGUUCAAAAGAUUCCAAGCCAACAAUUGUUGUUCGAAAUGAUGCAUGCCACUUCUUGGACAUUUAUUGUUUGUGGAAAUUUGAUUCAUGCUUUAACUUCUAUAACCUUCUACUGGUUGCAGGUGGGAAAGGUCUUACUAAAUGCUUUGCUUUAUCCAGGGAUCAAGACGAGUGCACAAAAGAAUUCCGUUGUUGCAAUAUUUCAUACAUCGGACAAUGGUGGGAAUAAUGGAAAUGCUGUGGCACGUACCUUCCUAAUUAGAACAAAAUCGGAGGAGGACCGAACAAACUGAAAACAGUAAUCCAAGAGUAUGCCCCUGCAUCGUAAACUGCAGGAUAUUACUCCUUUAUGUUUUGCCCUGGCCCGCUUGUUCUGGAGCCCUGGUUUUUCCAAAAGCAGUGAUGCCGAUUUUCAGAGGAAGGCUUCAUUACAUUACUGUGUUCCCGCUGCAGAUGCAGUAUAAACAGAGAUGACAGAGGUUAAAUUGCAGCAAAAUCCUAAGGAACUGUUUGUUUUCUCUAAGACUUAAAUUUGUUGGAUGUCUGCUUCAAGAAAGAUGCUGAAGGCGCACUACUGAAGUGAAUUUUGUUGGAUUUAUGUCCGCAAUGGAUGCUGGCAUCAUGUCAACUUCAUGCUUCUGUUUAUUUGGUCCGUAUAGUGAUGUAAAAUGCUAUUUGGUUGGUUCUAGAUAGGGUAUUAUCGAAGUUGAGCAAGUUUGGUUUGAGCUUGAUUAGAGGGAAAAAAUCAAAUUGUUUUAAGCUCAGUUGAUUAGGCUUUGAUUAAACUUAUUUAUUUAGUAAAAAUGGCUUAAAUUUCAUGCUUGGUUUUAAACACAAUUAUCUAUAAGUUUGAGUUUAAGAUCAAAUUGAUAUCUUUCAAUAUA